AUGAUGUCUGACAUCUCUAGUUCUGAGUCAGUAGACGGAACCGAAGGUUCACAAGAGCUCUUCGAGGUGGAGAAGAUUUGUGGCCAUAGAUGGGCGGAUGAUGGAAAGUCUUACGAAUACCGGGUAAAAUGGAAGAAUUAUCCGUGUUCGGACAACACUUGGGAGCCAAUAGAGCAUUUGUCGGUAAGCAAGCUGUUUCUUAAAGAUUUUUAUGGUUAUUCUUUUUUUUUUUAAUUUUCGCAAAUUGAUAUUUUGGCCAAUGGAUUAUGUGGAAAAAGUUUCUGAAAAGUCCCAUGUUGGCCAUUUUUACAGUAGUAGUAGAUAGUACCGCCCAUCUGGCUGGCUCUUGCUUAUUUUUUGUUUUGAAUUUUAGGAAUUUCAGGGGUGCCGGCAAGUUCUAAAGACCUAUCAGUUACGCGUCUUCGGACGCGUUUUGUUAUCAGACUCGUCGUCGGAUGAGGCCUCCUCCAGGAACCAAGAGUAAGGAUCGUUUUUGGAUUUGCAACAAAAAGUAUGGUUUUGUUUUGAUUUUUUUUGCUUCAGUGAUCAUGUCUUCCUCACUGACAGAGACGUCUUCACCACUGGCACUCAAGAAUCUGGAUCAUCAAAAGUUGGGCCUAUUCUCGCCAACCACUCACUGAAAAGUCAGCUGGAGACGUUCCAAAGUUCGAGUCAAGAGUCGGAAAAGUCCAAGAAGCGAUCGAAACGGAGGUCCAAGAAGGCGUUCAAAGGGCCCCACAAGGGCAAGAAAAAGAAGGAAAGGAGCCCUGAAGAGUACAAUGAAUUGAUGAGAAGUAUUACGUCGGACACUGGAAUGGAAACCGAAUUGGAGGAUGAAGUUGUUGGCAUUAGAAAAUCAAAGAAGAAGAAAAAAGGCGGGAGAGUUGUGGUAAGGGAUUUUUAAAAAGCUGAGAAGGAGGCUGACGGCUUCUUUUUUCUUAUAAUUUGCGUUGUAUGGGGUCGCUAUUCCAGCGAGGCCCUCCCCCUUUCAAUUUUCCGCCAGUUUAACUGCCAAAAAUCAAAUUUUUAGAUCGGAAAAUUACCAAAACAACAAGAAAAAUCAACUCUACGCAAAAUUUUCCGCAAAACCCCAAAAACUUUAAAAUUUCAGAGGGGUCAGUUCACUCUCUUUGUUUAUAUUUUUUCUCCAAAACGCCGCGGCAGGGUGUGUCAUUCGGAUAGGAAAUGGAUUCUUUUUCUUAUAACCUGCGAAUUAAAUGAUCAAAAUUUAAUAGAACGACCGUGCUUUUGAGAUCCCUAGGUGUCCUAUUUUUCCGCAUGUAACUCAUUUUUUAAAAAGCCCUCCGGCAAUCCGUAAGCACCACUUUUGGAGAUUUUAUUCACGCUUAACCGAGAAUAUCCAACAUUUUUCGACGUGAAAAAUAGUUCGAAAAACGACUUGAUUUUCUCGGUUUGGCGUGAGUAAAAUCUCCAAAAGUGGCGUCUGCAUAUUGGCUUAUUUGAAAAAAAGAGUUACAUGCGGAAAAAUAGGACACCUAGGGAUCUCAAAUGCACGGUCGUUCUAUUAAAUUUUGAUCAUUUAAUUCGCAAGUUACAAGAAAAAGAAUCCAUUUCCUAUCCGAAUGAGACAACCUGUCCGCGGCGUUUUGGAGAACAAAUAUAAACAGAGACAGUAAACUGACUUCAUCUGAAAUUUUAAGGUUUGGGGGUUUAACGGAAAAUCUUGCGUGGAGUUGAUUUUUAUUGUUUUUUAGUAAUUUUUCGAUCUAAAAAUUCGAUUUUUGGCAGUCGAACUGUCGGAAAAUUGAAAAGAGAGGGUCUCGCUGGGUGAUAAUGGUCUGCGAACCAAGAGAAACUUUGAGAAAAAUUGGUUUAGCCCAAGAUUUUACACUUUUAAUUUCAGUUGGAAGAAGAUCUCGAAUCCGACUCCGUGGUUGAACUGCCAGCUGAACCGGAUAUCAAGAAGAACACUUGCGAACCUGUUAGAAGUCCCUCGGAAGUCCCACUUCGACCUUCAAAUGCUGAAAUCUCCCACUUAAUUGAGCUGAACUCGGCCGACGAAUCGGCCACGGAAGAAGUCAGCUGGGCCGACAGGCUAAGACUUGAAGCGAAAAAGAGUGUUCAGGCAGCAACUUCAAGCAAAGAAAAUGAGCCGCGAAGUGUAAAUGAGGCGGCAGAAGCUCCGGAAAGGCCACCAACGCCGAAAGUGACAAAGAAAAAGGCUGAAACGCCGGUGUGUCGAGCCUCAAAGACUUCCCGACCUCCGUCAAGGGAGCAAAAUCAAGAAGAGGCUCCAAAAAUGCCGAAGAAAAGAGGUCAAUUACUUGGAGCGAUGAAUUGUGGAGUCGAGGCUAAUAAAAACCCAGUGGUGGAUGCCCCACGAGACACUACAGGUUCAUCAGUUCAAGCAUCGGGAAGUUUGCAACAAAAUAGAGCCGCAAAUCCUGUUCAAGCCCCGGUUCAAGCUCCGAGUCUCUAUCAAGGAACGGACCAGCCGAGAAUUGUGAAUCAACCCGCGCCAGCUCCUCAAAAUGCUGCCCCGGCUCCGAAGAGGCCUCCAAGUCUGUAUCAAGGAGGAGCGGGCGUUCAGAAUGCCCCGCCUCCACCGAAUAUUCCGCCACAAAGAGAGGAAAAUAUCGCCGCAGAAAGAAAUGAAAAUAUCGCAGAAGUCCCUCAAAUUGUUGAUCCACAGAGACCUGACAUUGUUCUCCAACGACCGAUUGAAAAUGCUGCCCACCGAGAAGACCCCUUACCCGCUCAUGGACCAAUUGAUCCACCAAUCUUUGGCGCACAUCUCCCGGCCGAUGAAUUUAUCCGACAGUUGGAACUGCAGCCGCUGCAACGACCACCAGCACAACGCCAACCAGCGGAACGCCGGAUCUCCGACUCGAUCCCGUCCGAUCCCAUUAUGACCCCGAGAUCGGAAUCCUCCCAAUUGGUGGUUAAUCAGCCCCCGCCAACCGCUCCCUCAACUGCACCGGCUCCAAGACGCUCCAAUCUUCCACCGCCUCCCAACGACUUCAGACCCAUCCCCCAACCUGGACAAGAGCAGAAUAUGGACCAGGCGAUGGAAGCCUUCCGCGCAUUGGAUCCCAGACUCCGAGACAGAGGAUUUCAUCCACAAUUGCCGAUGAAUGUCAGCGCCGAAGAGUUCUUCGAAAUCAUAGAUCCGCCGGAUGAACCAGUCGAUCGAAAGGCACCGGUCUACAUACCAGAGUAUAUGGUGAGUAUUUUUUUUUGCUUUGGAAUUUUGUUUUUAGAAAUUUGAAAAAGAGUAAAUCAAUUGGGACUAAGGAAAUUGCUUUUGCCUUUUGCUAAAUUUUGACUUAUCAUUUCCCAAGUUUUGAGGAAGAAUGGAUCCUCAGACUGAUAAAAAAAUAUGUUAACGUCUACGCAUGCUCAUAUCUUGGGUAAGAAACAUGUAUGUGAUGUGAAAAUUACAUAAUAAGUCAGGCUUUUAUCCGGCCUUGUGGAGCAAAAAGGUACUUAUAUUGCUUGUCUUUCUCCCCAAAAAGAAAUCGCUAUUUGUUUUGUUACGAAAUAAUUGAUUUUUUUGUCCAAGUCGGAAGAAGACCGCCAAAAUCUGAGGGGUCUUUAGAGUUCCGUUUCGCAAUAGUUAGGUAAGAUAUAAAAGUUAGGAAUAAGGAAAGUUGGGCAUCUGGCGCAGUUGUAAACAUGUCAAAUGUUAAGGUUGAGCUUGUAGAUGGGUUUGGGAAUAUGAAAAUUCACUUAGAAGAUUAUCAGGUAAAUUAUGGGGCGGUUCGUUUUUAUGAACUCAGGAUUUUGACAAAAAAAUCUUUUUUUUUUCUUAUUUUACAGUGGGGCAAAAAACGUACCGUUUUGCAUCCAGGAAGUAUCAAAAAUUGUGGCAAAAUACCUCCCUCUCCAAGUGAAAAAACUUCCUUUUCGAAAGCGCGCCCGCUAAAAGAAGUUUUGUUCACUUGGAGAGGGAAGCAUUUUGCCACAUUUUUGAUGCUUCCCGGGUGCAAAAUGGUACGUUUUUUGCCACUGGAUCAGGUCCCCCAUUAUAUGACUGCAUCUUACAAAAAAAUCUUUCGGUUUUAGCGGAUCUCAUCCCCUCAUUUCGACCCAGAGCGAAUGCGGAACGAAAACAGGGAGCGGGAGCUCCCGCCGGUCCCCAGAAUCGACCGCCGCAAUGUCAGAGAGAUGUUUGACAUUCUGGAACAGAUGCGAAGACGCGCCGCCGAAGACGAGGAGGACCCAAUGCUGAGAUACGAAGGCCCCUCGGUGUCGGCCGAUGAAGUCCGAUCCGCCGUGAGUGGAGGCCAAGGAAUCCGUCGUUUAUUGCCGAAUACUCGACCAACUGAGCGCGAGGUACGUUUGGUAGACAUACUGGAAAUUUGAAUCGUCAGGGUGAAGUCUGGCCUUGUCUUUUGAAUUGUUUUUACUCCUUUUUUUAGUAAUUUUAGGUCGGGUUUUGUCUUUUUAUUUUUGAUGAUUAUGUAAUGAAACGGUGAAUUGAAAUCCGGGUUUUGUCUGUUUGACGGGAAAAUAAUAUAACCGCUUUAAUAAUUUUUUGUUUUCACUUGGUUUUAAGGCAAUAAUAUUAACAAGGAAAGUACCCCAAGUGCGACGCUCAGAUUUUGAUGAAACUUGGCACAAAUUUAGAAUAAUUUUUUCUAAAAAAUAUGCGAGAAUCCUAGCUCGCGCUUUGCAGAAACAAUCGAGAUUUUUAGAUCGAAAGUCGGCGAAAAUUAAAGACUUUUUGCCGAAUUUCGGCACAAAAAGUUUCAUGCCUAUUUCUACCAUAGUGGGUAAUGUUUCUACAAAAAAUUAUCUUUUUCCGCACGAAACUAGCAAAGCAAUGGCCAAAAAGUGGUUUUCUCUCUGACCGCUCUCCCGCGUACUCUCUCGGCCGCAAAGAUCGUUGGAUAUCUCGGCUUCAAAGCGCGAGCUAAAACUUUGAGGAAUUGAUAUUUAGUCUAUGCCCGAAGCGUGUGCAAAAUUUUAAAAAAAUCCGAGCGUCGCACUUGCGGUACUUCCCCUGUAAGUUUGACAUCUAAAUUAACGUAUUUUUUGUCUGUUUCUGCUUUAUUUGUCUGAUUAUUGUUAAUAAAGUGUAUUAUUAUGACUGAAUUUGACCUCUUACUGUAGUUUACUGUAGAUUUAUUUUUGAUUUCUGGAUUUUCGAGGAUGAUUUUGAUGUUGUAGUAGUGGCUGUAAUGAAUUUUUGAAUUUUUUUUGGUAAUAUUUUUGUUGUAAUUUCUUUUCAUACCUAAUUUCACUGUCUUCUAAGCAUCUAUCCCUGAAUUUCGCCGCAAAAUUUUUUUAAUUCCCCCAAAAUUUUCCACCAACGUUUAUUUCGCUUUUCCAUUAUAGUUUCGCGAUGUGCUGCGUCAGCGCGAUGAGGAGUUGUUGGACGGACAGGAGAUCCCACAAAGCCCCGAAUCCCUUCCAUCGACUCCACGCUCCUCGUUCGAAAUUGAGCCGGUCCUUUUUCAGCAGGAUGAAGAAGAAGGUCCAGCGCCAAUUUUGGAACGGGAACAUAUUCGAAUCGAUCCUGUGGAAUUUGGACCAUCGCAAGACGGGAGAAUUGAAGGAUUGGACACACCGGGACCUUUGGAAUUACCUGUUCAAGAAGCAAGAUCGGAGGCAAUUAAUGGUCAUGGAGAAGAUAAUUUGGAUAUUGACGUGGAUCAAAGGAACGAAACUGGAGAUAAUGUGGCAGAAAACUCAACUCAAAGUGAUGUAGAUGAAGUUCAAGCCGAUGAUCAGAGAAACAAGCCCUUAGGCAAUGAGGAAAUUGAUCAUCAACAAAAUGCCUCAGCUGAAAUCUCGGCUUCAAAUGAGGAUAAUCCCACUCGAAAGCCGUCGAAUGCCACUGUUUUGGUUGUCGAUACUGUCCCACUCCCCUUCCAAAUGCAGGACGCUUCAGACCAACCAUUUUGCCUAGUUCAAUCGACGAUGCAGCCGCUUAAUAUCAGCUUGGUCGACACUUUGAAUCGACAACCUCCAACAACCAGCUCAGCUCAAAUCCCCCCUCAGAUCCUGGCCAGAACCACCGAAUUGGAUGAGAAUAUCACCCAACCGGCCGAGCAGCUCUCCCCAGACCAGCAAAAACGCCAAAACAAACGGAAGAAAUCACAUCCGACCAGAUGUGUCCCCCUGACGGAGAAUGAACUGGAGGCUAUGAAUAGUCAAGCGGUUGCCCUCGCAAGACCCACUGAGAAUUUGGACGCCAGAAGUGCUCCGAAUUUAGUUGCGGAAUGUGAUCAAUGUCGAGAGAACGAAGGACAAAUUCAAACCGAAAAUCCGACGAAUCCACUAGAAGAAAUUGCUCGAAUGGCUGAACAGUUCAACGCAGAAGCCCUCCAAUUGCAAGCCCGGAAAAAGCACCCCGUUUCCAGACGAUUAUCGGACGGAAAACGGACUGAUUCGAACAGUCGGAGAAGCAGCAAUCAAGGCUCUCAGAUCACGAAUACUUUACCACCCCCUCAGUCGAUCUUACCCUCCGGCAACGCUCAACAGAGCCCGAAAAGAAGGUCGAAUCAAGCCUGUCAAAUGACUCCACAAAUGCUGGCACAAUACCAACAAAUGGCCCGACAAGGCAACCAGCCGAACAUGGGAAAUUUUAUAAAUGCAGGACAAAUCCCAAACGGCCAGAUCAUUCAACCGGGCCCAAGCCUGGCCCAGCGAACCAGCUGGCCUCGACUGCCAAGCCUCGCCGGCCAAGUUGAAUGUCAAAUGGCCGGCCAAGUCUGCGAUAUCUCGAAUCCAAGCCCACAAAUGAACAGCCCGGCGCAGAUGGUCAGCCCCGCUCAGAAUAUGACUGGCGUUGGAACUCCGAACUCGUCACUGCCGAGCCCCACCCAAAGAGGAAGUGGAUUUGGAAAUUCCGGCCCCGCGACCACUAGUCCAGCCCAGCAAGGACAAGUAUUAAGCCUCCCGAACUCUCAACUCUCUAGCCCAGCCCAACAAAUAGCUGUACUUGGAAGUGCAAGCCCUUCCAUGGCCGGUACAGCUCGGAAUCGAGCGAAGUCGGGUAAUUCGGGCGGAAUGGUUCAUCAACAAGGAUUUGGAAUGCCAAGUUUGUCUUCGCAGGUGCCCCAGAUCCCCAUGAAUCCACAAAUGACCGUUCAAGCUCAACAAAGGUCAAAUCGAACCCAGACGUUGACUCAAAGCAUGAUGAAUCAAAUUCAUCAGCAAAUCUUCACGCAGAAAGUAAUGACCACCCAAACAAACCAGAUGGUAGCCCAGCCACAGCUGGCAACUAAUUCGGCGAUCCAAAUCCCCGGAACAUCUGAAUCGACCAGUCAGGACCCCAGCGCACAAUCGGAAGUCCGAGAUAUUGUCCAAAGACUGAAGGAUAUGGAUGAACAGCGCCGACAGGACAAUCCGCAAGCCCAUUCGUUGACUCCGAACAUCCCUAUGCGCCUCUUCCAACACCUAGCCAGAACAAAUGGCCCGGAAUUGGUUGCUCUUUCUCAGGCCCUCCAAAAAGGCCAAGCGAAUCUCCAAGGACUUAACAGUGGAAUCUCGAGGCCUCGAGGAGCUCAGCAAGGAGUGCCAAAUGCUCAAGGCUUUCUACAGUCGACCCCCCAAGGAAUACAACCGCAAAUGUUGAGCCAAUUUGAACAAGCUUUGCACCAACAAAAGCAGUUGGAAUAUGCCGAAUAUAUGCGGAAGCUUCAGCAAGCUCAGCAAAUGCAGGUUUUCGGACAAGCCCAACAAGGUCUAAUGAACCCUCAGCAAGGCCAAAUGCCGGCUCUUAUGGGACAAGGCAACUUCCAGCAGACCCAACGUCAAUUGCAAUAUAGCCAAGGGCACGUUACACAAAGUCUUGCGCAGUUUGCGCCAAAUGUUGGACAGCUGAAUGCUCAAGGGCAAUUCCAACAGCAAGCCCAGCCUCCGAAACAACGUCGAACCAGCCGACAAGGACCAGCUGAAUCCCAGUCACAGCUUUUCCCGGCUCCGUAUCAAGAGAAUAUGAAUGUUCAAGGCCUCCAAGCCCUCGGACAAAUGGCGAACCCGCAGCAAAUGCAACAAAGACCCCAAAAUUUCGCUCAAAGUGGAUUCCACAGCUCAACAGGAUCGAUGGGAAGCAUGGCAGAAUCGGUGGGGAGCAUGAUGAAUAAUUCGGCAGGCUUUGGUCAAGUCACUACACAAUCUAUGGUCCACAUGCAGUUCCCACCACAACAGGCUUCAAUGGGUGGGUUUUUGGGGGAAAAUCAGGGGGCUGUUUCACAAUGAUAAUGUUCAAGCGAUAUUGCUCGCAUGUUUUUCAAAUUUUGAUUACAUUUUAUUUCUAAAUUAUGUAAAAUCGGCAGUUUAGAGGACAAAAUCUUAUAAGGAAACCGGUCUACAUCCAGCAUUCAAGUUUAACUCAAAUUUUGAUUACAUUUUCCAUCUAGACCAUACACCAAUUAUUGAAAAUUUUAGCUUGCACUUUGCAGGCGAAGCCGAGAAAUUCAACGAUUUUUGAGGAAAAGAGAUCGCGGGGAAUUCGGAGAACCAGAGAAAAAACUUUUAAACGAGAGGAUUUGUCAAAAAAGUUUUUCUCCGAAUUCCCCGCGCGCGAUCUCUUGGCCCCAAAAAUCGUUGAAUUUCUCGACUUCGCCUGCAAAGUGCAAGAUAAAAUUUUCGAUAAUUGAUGUAUGGUCUAGACAAAAAAUGUGGUCAAAAUUUGAGUUAAACUUGAAGGCUGAAUGUAGACCACUUUCCUUGUAAGAUUUUGCCGUCUGAAUUGUCGAUUUUGUGAAAUUCAUAUCAAUGGUUUCAGCUGCAACUCAGAUGCAAAUGCCCUUCCAACAACAGCAAAUGAUCCCUCCUCAAGGUUAUGUUCAGGUGGUAGAACGAGAGCGACAAGUCUACGUGCAAAACUUUAACCCUCAGAGCAGUUUCAACAGCUCCAAUUGCAGCAAUCCGGAGCAAAUGUUUGGCCAAAGCAACUUUUCCAACUCUUCCGGCUCAGCCUCAGCCCAAGUCACAUAUAAUCCGGCUCUGUUGGGACCCACUGAUGGAGCAUUACCGCAAUUUUUUGAAAGAAAUUCGUAA